GGCUGGGUGACCCAUUAACCAUUAAACCACGUGGGAGGAUAAAAAAAGAUAUUGUUCCAACCUUGAGAAGAUACUGUUUAGUUUAACUGAUCCAUUUAUGAUCUGAGUUUUAGGUUAGACCGGGUUUAAUGACCUUGAUUUGUUGUUCAAGACAGCGUGUUCUCUAGACCGAGAUCCUGGUAAAGACAUGCAUAGGAUUGCGGGUAAUGUGGGGCUUUAUUAACUUUUUUUUUCUUCUUAAUGUAGCAGCUGGAGCACAGCACAGGGAUUAGUGGAAGAAUGGAGUCAUGUUGUGUCUUUGGAUAUACGUUUCCCGUAAUGAAUCUAAGCCCCUUAGAACAGCUCAUCAUCUCAUCUUUAACCAAUUUAACCCUAAAAAAAAGAGCCAAAAGUAAACACUCUUUAUGAUAGCCAACUAGGUACUCUUUCCCUUAGCAAUCAAUCAGACUUCGUUGUAAAGCAAAGGUGUGGAUCCACACCAUUAUGUACGUGAACAAGCAAAUACUCAUUCUCUACCAGUGAUAUUAUACUUGGUUUUCAGUCUUCAACAGUAGCAAGUAUAGUACAUUUUGCUUACUGUUCUAUUGUGUGAAGGCCAUCUUUGAAGUCCUUCAAACACUAUUUCUUCUCCUGAUCCAAGAGAAAAGAGUGCUGUAAAACAUAUAAGCAAUGGCCUUAAUGGUGGCAGUCUUAUUUGCCGUUCUCCUUCAAGGUUAUGUGUCCUUGGCUUCUGAUCCCGAUCCAGUUCGUGACUUCUGCUUAGCCAAUACUGAUUCUGCAACCAACAUCCCCUGCAAGAACUCAUCGGAUGCCACAGUAGAGGAUUUCAUAUUUUCUGGGAUCAAAUCUCAUGGAAAAUUCAGUGAAACGGGGCUAGCAUCGAUUCCUGUCAACGUGAAUAACUUCCCGGGCCUAAACACACUAGGCAUGUCACUUGUUCGUGCAGAUUUUGAAGCUGGUGGUGUCAAUGUGCCUCAUUUCCAUCCAAGAGCAACAGAGGUUGCGUAUGUGCUUGAGGGGAAGAUUUAUUCAGGAUUUGUCGACACGCAGAACAAAGUUUUUGCUAAAGUGCUUGAAAAAGGUGAGGUCAUGGUGUUUCCAAAGGGUCUGGUACACUUCCAGAUGAAUGUUGGAGAUAAACCAGCAACUAUUGUGGGCAGUUUUAAUAGCGAAAAUCCUGGAUCGAUGAAGAUUCCUACUGCGGUAUUCGGAUGUGGAAUCAAGGAAGAGCUUUUGGAGAAGGCUUUUGGGUUGAAGGGCAAGGACAUCUCCAAGGUGAGGAAAAAGUUUCUUUCGUGUUAGAAAGACUGAAGGCUAGCUGUUGCUCGAUCUUAGGUUCAACGGAUUAAGAAAAAACAUGUAAUGUUGAAACCAGUAGUUCCUUUUUCGAUCUGAUCAAGCAGGGCUCUCAAACUUCACAACAUUAAGAAUCGAAAUGAUUGGUAGAAAUAAUUUUGGCGGAUCCUCAGAGAUUAUACAUAAACUAAACUAGUUGAAGAAUUGAUUAACGUUGUAUCUUUAGAUCUACGUUUUAAUUAAUUUCCAUAAUGAAUCAAAUCAAAGCCUCUUGGCACAUCUCAUCCCA